AUGGAAACUGUCUAUGCGAUUCAUAAUUAUUGCGCUCAAAAUGAUGAUGAACUUACGUUUAAGGUUGGUGAUCCAAUUUUAGUAUUGGAAAAGGACGAAAUGUACUGGGAUGGAUGGUGGCAGGGGCAAGAUAUCCUUGGACAAGUCGGUCUUUUUCCAAUGAAUUAUACUACUGAAUUAAUGAAAAAUAACGGCAGUGAAUUAACUACUAUUCCUGAGGCCAAGAUGCCAAAACCAUCCGCAAAUGAAACGAUUGCCGACAUACAAAAUAAAUUACAUCAGCUUGUGGCAAAGAAGCAUCAAUCAAAUGAAAAGAUCAACUCUGAACCAAAAUCAGAUGCUUCCGUUUGUAAAACUAAUUCUGUUCCAAACUUAGCGAUACGAACGUCUUCAAUUACUCAACUACAAAAACCGUCACAAAGACAAUCAAAAGGAUCAUUAAAAAAUGGACGUUCCAGUGUAUCUUCUUCAGGAUCUAAUCAUAGUGAAUAUUUAUCUUCGCCUUCUAGGCAUAAUAAUGGUAAUAUGAAAACUUUAGAUUAUCCUUCGAAAACGAAUAACCUUCAAGGUAAUCCUCUGGCUUGGAACGUGGAACAAGUAUGUCAAUGGUUGAAAGAAAAAGGUUUUGAUUCUGUAAUAGAACAUUUCAUCGAAAACGAUAUCACAGGUGAUAUCCUUCUUGGUUUGGACUUGGAUUCUCUCAAAGAAUUAAACAUUAUGUCUUAUGGUAAAAGGGUUCACAUAAUGAAUGCUAUUAAUGCCCUUAAAGAAUCAUCAAUCCUGAAUAAAGAUUCGGAUUCAUUACAGCUACGUCCAAUUAUGGAAUCAACAUCGAUUAGACAGUCAAAUUCAGUUAAUAUAUCAAAUAAAGUUGAUGCAAGACCCGAGAGUUCAUUUGUAAAAAGUAAUGAACAUACCAGUUGGCCACGACGGAUAAAUAAUACUAACGAAAAAAUCCAGGAGGAUGACUAUGAAAAAAAACAUAAAAAUAAAUCUAAAUCUCUUUCUAAAAAAAUAUCGAUAGAACAUUUGGAUCGAAAUAGUUUGGUCGGAAGUCAAUUAGGAAAUGGAGAUAAACAUAUUCAGCCAAGUCGAUUACAUGCCGUUGAUGAAAGUAUCGGUGAGGACGAAGAAGCAUUAAAAAAUAAUAUUGGGACACCGGAUUAUGAAGGAUGGCUUAUGAAACAAGAUGAUAAAAGUAAAUCAUGGAAAAAUAGGUUUUGUGUUUUAAAAGGGCAAACUUUGUAUUAUUUUCAGAAUGAUAAGAUUACACAAACACCCCGAGCCAAGGGUAGUAUCAAUAUCACAGGUUAUCGCAUCAUUCCUGAUGAGAACAUAUUACAGGGAAAAUAUGGAUUCAAAUUAGUUCAUGAUAUCGAACGCCCUCACUACUUUGCACACGAAAACUUGGUAAAAAUGAGAGAGUGGAUGAAAGCUAUUAUGAAAGCCACGAUAUCAAGGGAUCCAAAAUGUAAUAAUUCUUAUAUUACUAACUUUAUUGUCAUCAUUAAACAUCCGAGGCUCGAAAACUUGUAUCAGCAAAAAAAGAGUUUGCAAUCAUCAAAUGGUUCUGAUUCACCAACAUUAGAACGAUCAUUGUCACCAACUCUUUAUUCAAAUUCCAAUAGUUUUAAUAGACCGAAUCCACAACAUACAUCUCCGAGAUGUAGGUCUGUUUCGCCGUUACCUGAAAUGUCUGGACAACCGACAACGAUGGCACUUUCGAAAUCCAAAUCAUCAACUUUUAAAAAACUUUUAAAAAGUACUAGUUUUGAUAGUAUCAAGAUUUAA